CCCUCCUGGGGCCCGCUGCAGCUGCGGGCGCGGUGCGCUGGCUGCGCGGCCGCGGGGCGUUCUCCGUGCGCUGGGCGGGUGGCGAGCGAGGUUCCCGUGGCCCCACGCUAGGAGGAGGCUGGAACUUCGUUAGGAAGAAUGGAAUUGGCGACUCGCUACCAGAUCCCAAAAGAAGUGGCUGACAUCUUUAACGCCCCCAGUGAUGAUGAAGAGUUCGUGGGUUUCCAAGAUGAUGUUCCCAUGGAAACCCUCUCAUCGGAGGAGAGCUGCGAUAGUUUUGACUCGCUGGAGUCGGGGAAACAGCAGGAUGUGCGUUUCCACUCUAAAUACUUCACAGAAGAGCUAAGAAGAAUUUUUAUAGAGGACACUGACUCAGAGACCGAAGAUUUCGAAGGGUUUACGCAGAGUGAACUGAACGUGAAGAGUAACCCAGAAGUGAUGCUUGUGGAGUCAGAUUUGAGUGACAACGGCCAGGCAUCUUUGGUGAGUGAGGAAGAGGAAGCUGAUGAAGAAGAUCAGGCUACACCUAGAAGGAGGAGGUCUAGACGAAGCAGUAUUGGUCUUCGAGUAGCCUUUCAGUUCCCCACCAAGAAGUUGGCCAAAAAAUCAGAUAAAAACGGUUCUUCCGAGCAGUUGUUUUCUAGCUCACGCUUACAUAACGAUAAAAAUCCAAUUCCUGGAAGAAAGAAAGGCCGUAGGCAGGGGGUGGAACAGGAAGAUUCUACCUCUGAGUCUGAGGACUCCAGGGAUGAGAGCCAGGAGAGUUCGGACGCCCUGCUGAGAAGGACCAUGAACAUCAAGGAGAACAAGGCCAUGCUUGCCCAGUUAUUGGCGGAACUGAACUCAGUGCCAGAUUUCUUCCCUGCACGAACCCCGACCUCAACUUCUAAGAAGAAAACCGCGAGGCGGGCGUUCUCGGAGGGACAGAUCACGCGGCGCAUGAACCCUACCCGGAGCGCGCGGCCUCCUGAGAAGUUUGCUCUGGAGAACUUCACUUUCUCAGCCGCCAAGUUUGCAGAAGAGUUUUACAGCUUCAGAAGAAGGAAGACGAUCAGUGGGGGUAAAGGCCGGGAGUAUAGACGACGUCACCGGAUAUCUUCCUUCCGGCCAGUGGAGGAUAUCACCGAAGAGGACUUAGAAAACGUUGCCAUAACCGUUCGAGAUAAAAUCUAUGAUAAAGUGCUGGGUAACACGUGCCAUCAGUGUCGGCAGAAGACCAUUGACACCAAGACAGUGUGCCGGAACCAGGGCUGUGGCGGCGUGCGAGGGCAGUUCUGUGGGCCCUGCCUGCGGAACCGCUAUGGGGAGGACGUGAGAUCGGCGUUGCUGGACCCGGGCUGGGUGUGUCCUCCCUGCCGUGGGAUCUGCAACUGCAGUUACUGUCGGAAGCGUGACGGCCGCUGUGCCACAGGAAUCCUCAUUCAUCUGGCCAAGUUUUAUGGUUACGACAACGUUAAGGAGUAUCUGGAGAGCUUACAAAAGCAGCUGGUAGAAGAUAAGUAAGAGAAA